AAAUAGUUUUGUUGAUGAUGAUGAUGAUACCAUGCCAUACGACAAAAAAAAUUGUCCUAACAAAAUGAUCGCACUCGAUCGUUUUUGUCAAGAGAGUUUUUUGUUACUUUUCAACAAAUUAGUGUCUAAAACGAUAAUCAUCAAUCAUCAUAAGGUUUUAAUCCGGAUUCGGAUUCAAUCAAUCACAGGAAAAAUCUGAAAUAAAAAGCCACUUAAAAACAAAUUGUUUUUGGCUUCUUUUUUUCUUGAUUACAGGAUUUCAAAUGUUUUGAUUUGGUCGGAUUUUGGAAUUGGAAUCAUCGUGAGCGUGAGAAAAAGCAAAAAUGUCCUCAUUGUUUCAAUCCCUUCGUCGUCAUAAUUUUUUCCUGUUUGAUAUUUAUAUAUUUCAAUUUUUAUUCAGUUAUGGAUUACAAUUGAUUACUAUAAAUUUUUUAGUGCAGGAUAAAAUAUGUCGUACCCGUUUCAAUCAAAGUGAAUAUUUUUGUCAACACAUCCAUGAAGAUAUAUUCGAUGGCUCCGAACAGAUUAUUAAAGAUCGUAUCCUUGCUUCAACUGCUCUUUAUAAUAAUUACAGUAACCUAAUACAAGCCAUACCGAUGUUUAUUUGGUCAUUAUUUUUCGGUUCGUUUUUGGAUCGACAAACCGGUGCAACACGAAUGAUAUUCGCUUGGAUCAAUAUAUUGGGUCUAAUAACUACUGUAUUUUAUUUGGUGAAUAUUUUCAAUUUUCUUAUAGAUCCAUAUAUGUUAUUAUUGGCUGGAUUACAUACCUAUCUGACUGGUGGUAUGGCUACAUUUUUGACUGUUACGCAUCGUUAUGUUGUUAUCAAUACUGAUCCCGAACAUCGAUCGUUAAGAUUUACUAUAUUUCAAAUCUAUCUACUUGCUGCUAUAACAUUUGGUCAAUUGCUUGGUGGCAAUCUAAUUCAUUUGGUUACUGAUAGUAACAGUCUUCAAUUACGAAAUUAUGAUCUCAAUAUGUGGAUUGUUUUUGCACUUAAUAUUUUUUCGUUUAUUAUGAUUUUGAUUAUUCCAAUCGAUCGACAAAAAUCACCAUCAUCAUCGGAUUCGAAUCCCGAAAUUGAAAGAACCGAUAAAGAUAUUGAUAAUGAAUCGAUUACCGAUAACGAUAAUGAUGAAUCGAUUGAUAAAUCAAAUCCAGUAUUGAAUGGUGAUCGAAAAUCUUCUUAUUCAUCCAUAAUCAAUACAACCAAUGAAUCAAUUGAAAGUCAAAUCGAAUCCAGACCGAUAAGCGAAAGACGUUCAUUAUGUUAUCGGAUGAAUUAUGUAUGUCGCACAUUUUUCGAUAUGGAAAAUGUUCGACAAACAUAUCGUUGUCUAACAAAAUCACGUAUGAACCGAAUUCGUGAACAGAUAAUUUUCCUAAUCAUUCUUUUAGUCAUACAAUUUCUUAACUAUCUUGGAUUGGAUUCAAUGUUUUUACAGUUUUCACAAAAAGUUUAUCAAUUUGAUGCAAAAACUUUUGCCAAUGUAAAUGCCAUUUCAAAAGCUAUACCCAAUAUUGGCCUAUUCAUUAGUUCACAAGUUCUGGUUCGAUGUUUAAAAUUGAAAGAUGGUACCAUUAUGGCUAUAACAUUAACGGCUGGAUUUUUGAAUCAAAUUUUAAUCGGAACAUUUACCAAUGUUAUUGUUUAUUUCAUUGCAUUGAUCAUUGGAUCAAUGAGUGGACUAUCAACAAUCAUAUUGAAAACUGAAAUUGCCAAAUUGAUUCCCAAAGAUGAAGUGGGAAAAAUUUUCAGUGUUAUAUCAACAUUUGAAUCAUUGGCACCAUUUGUUGGUACUUUAAUUUUUUCAACAAUAUUUUCGGCAAGUGUUACGACAUAUCCAACAUUGAUUUAUCAUGUUGGCGCUGCUAUUACAUUACUUUGUUUAAUAAUGGCAUUAUUUCAUGAUUUAUAUUUUCAUCAUUAAUUUAUUUUUCAAUAAAUAUAAAAAUCCAUUUAU